UAAAGUGCUUCAAGCAGGUCAUACUGGGUCACAGCAAAUCCACCAUUCCCUCCACACUGGACCUCCUGCAGAUGGCAUACCGGUCCAACAGAUCCAGGACACCUACAUCAGAAUGCUUUUCAUGGACUACAGCUCAGCAUUCAACACAGUCAUCCCUGCCAAACUAACAAAGAAAGUGUUCAGCCUAGGACUGAGCCCACAACUCUGCAACUGGAUCUCAGACUUCCUGUCGACCACAAUCUGUCAGGAUAGCAACAUCACUUCCGGAAUAUUAUUCAUGACAACUGGCACUCCUCAAGGAUGUGUACUCAGUCCCAUACUUAUAGACACUCUACACACACAACCGUGCAGCCUCACAUCAAGACACCACAAUCCUGAUAUUUUGUGAUGACACAACAGUCCUGGGUCUCAUCAGUUACAACAAUUAAUCAGCCUAUCGCAGGGAAGUUGAAGACCUGGUGCUGUGGUGUCAAGACAAUAACCUGUCGCUCAAUUUCAGCAAAACAAAGGAGGUGAUAACUGACCUGAGGAAAGGGAGGAGUCAACACACACUAUAACACAUUGGUGAGACUGAGGUGGAAAGCGUUGACACCUUCAAGUUCCUCGGUGUCCACAUCAGUGCGGACUUCACCUUGACCCACCACAUCACUCAGCUGAUCAGGAAGGCAAAGCAGAGGCUGAACUUCCUGUAGAGGCUCAGGAUACCCAAGUUGCCAUCAGUACUCCUCUGCAUACUGGUGCACCAUUGAGUCCAUUCUGAUAGGCAGCAUUACAGCAUGGUAUGGCAACAGCACACAAACAGACCGCAAGCGACUGCAGAGAGUGGUCAAAUCAGCCCAGUACAUCAGUGUAUAGACCCUCCAAAAAUCGAUUUAAAUGCGACUCAAUGACGUUAUAAUGCGCUAAUGCUAUGAAUACUUGAGUGCUACAGCUUCUUCAUAUUCUUUGCUUGGUUUAUUUGCGAGCGGCAACCAAAACCAAUGUGCAUUACCGCCAUCUAAUUUGCCUUCUUCUUUGGUCUGCCCACCGUUCCUGUAGGUACUGCAUUACCAGGUCUAUGCGUGAAGUGGAUGGAGCGAGCGCCUAUUCCAUCUCCCUGUUCCAAAAUCUAUUUAAAUGCAACGUAGUCUCAAUGACGUUACAAUGCACUUAUGCUAUGAAUCAUUGAUGGCUACAGCGUCUUCUUUCUUUGUUCAGUUUAUUAGCAAGUGGCAACCAACAUCAAGGUGCAUCACCAGUCCCCCCUGGCUGGAGUGUGAAUCAGUGCCAUCCAGAUGGAAGCCGAAGGCUCCAGUGAGAUGCUGCUGACCAGGAAGAGAAGAAGAGAGAGUUCCAAUGGGGACAAAGAUGAGGGCGAGAGGCAUGUGAAAUAUCCCAGAUGCACUGUGGGACUGAAGCACCCUGCACCUUUCGCAGAUGAGCUGGAGCCAGCUGAUAAACCCUAUCAGAGGGUCAACAUGGAGACGGCCAAGAGGGGAACACCACCUGACAGACCAGUGCGGGUGUAUGCAGAUGGCAUCUUCGACGUUUUCCACUCGGGUCACGCCAGAGCUCUCAUGCAGGCUAAAUGCCUCUUCCCAAAUACACACCUCAUCGUGGGAGUGUGCAGUGACGACCUGACCCACACAUACAAGGGCUUCACAGUGAUGAAUGAGGAUGAGCGCUACGAUGCCAUCAGACACUGCCGCUACGUGGACGAAGUGGUGCGGAACGCCCCCUGGACGUUGACGCCAGAAUUCCUCACGAAACAUCGCAUUGACUUUGUGGCCCAUGACGACAUCCCAUACUCCUCAGCGGGCAGUGAUGACGUGUACAGGCACAUUAAAGAGGCGGGUAUGUUUGCUCCGACCCAGCGGACAGAGGGCAUCUCCACCUCUGACAUCAUCACACGCAUCGUCCGUGACUACGAUCUGUACGUGAGACGUAACCUGCAGAGAGGCUACACCGCCAAGGAGCUCAACGUCAGCUUCAUCAACGAGAAGAAAUACCACCUGCAGGAGCGCGUAGAUAAGGUGAAGAAGAAGGUGCGUGACGUGGAGGAGAAGAGCAAGGAGUUUGUGCAGAAGGUGGAGGAGAAGAGCAUCGACCUCAUCCAGAAAUGGGAGGAGAAAUCCAGGGAGUUCAUCGGCAACUUCCUGCAGAUGUUUGGACCUGAGGGAGCUCUGAAACACAUGCUGAAGGAAGGAAAAGGCCGCAUGCUGCAGGCCAUCAGCCCCAGGCAAAGCCCCAACAGCAGCCCCACCCGCGAGGAGCGCUCGCCGUCUCCCACUUUCCGUCUCCCCUUCUUCAACAAGACCUCCCCUCCACCCUCACCUCCGCCCCACCACAGCGGCGCCCGCCCAUACCUCAUCAGCGAGGACGACGACGAAGACGACGAAAACUGAAUCGUCAGCUUUGUGGAUCCGCGGCCAGAGUGCUACCAGUUAGCUGAGCUGUCGAGUAGCGUGGUUUUCGUCAAGCUCCUGAUUCCAUGUUACGUUUUUUUCAUUUUAUUUCGAUGUUUAGCACCUCAGUGUCACGUUAACUUUAACAACCAGUUUCUCCACAGCUCUUGUUUUUAAACAGCCAAUUCUGUCUCUGUGUAACGGUCAGUAAAAGUUACCACUAUCCACUUGAGUUCUUUGAAAAUUUGUCUCAUUAAUCUCAGUCACUUUUGAUGUUGAUUUUUAUUAGACAAUGCCAUUUAGGAAUAUCUGCACGUGUCACACUCUGUGUCACACUCCGUGCACACUUCCAUCUCUAACGGUGUUCUUCAGGUUUGCAUUGUAGGAGUUUGUUGUUUUGUUCUCGUCAUGACUUUAGCGGGAGGGGCUCGCGGGGGUUUCGGUCACUUGUUGGAACAGCACAUGAUGCCUUGGUGAGCGAGAGGUGAUGCUGUUGAGUUUAUCCUGGAGUGGGUCAGAAAACCGAAGGUUUUAAUGACCUACUCAUACAAUGGGGCAGUUAGCUAACAUGAAAUCAACCUGGCUUUUUAUUAAAUACCAGGGGAAACAAUCAAACCAGAGCUGAAUCUGAGAGUAACGGUUUUAAUCGUCCACUGAACAGCAGGUUUUUUCUGAAGUUUGUCGCCUGCUUUGGGGCUGCGUGCGGCUGUGUGUAUGUGCAUGUGGUGUUUUUUGCGUACAAGCUCUAAAAUAACAUUGGCAUUUUUGAAUUGUCUCCUGUCACCUUUCUCCAUCUGUUGACAGUUCUGGGUUCAGCUUGACUUUACUGCGUUUAGUAAAAAGUUCGCUUACACAUUUGUUUUUGUCUGCGGAAGGAAAUGGGUCUUUGAAAGAGACGUAUCCAACUGGACGCCUUUUUAACUGGCAGAAGAGAAAUUCUCGUAAGGAUGGCAGGGAGAACCCGUUGAAAUGUUGAUGUAGAAACUUAUUUUUGUAGAAUUCCUCUUUCCUUUCUUUAUCCUCUGUACAGAUGUGAUCUUAAUCAUCCCCCUUGUAGAAGCACUUUUUCAUGCUGAGCCGAGAAUCAACGUGAGAAACGCUGGACUUCUCUUUUCGUUCCUUUUUUGUGUGGCAGAUCUGGGCCAUUAGGGAGUCAACGUUUUCCCUCUGAUACACAUGUGUUGCUUAGGGAAAGUUCGAGGUUUUAGAGAACAGUCUCUAUUUGUAAGAAAUCACGAGCACAGCAGGUUUCAUUAGUGUGUUCCCCUCAUUGGUCACACACACACAAAUACACGUAUGGAUCUGAGUCUGUGCUGCAGUCUGUGUGUUGAUGGCCUGGACUGAGUUUCACAUGUGGUUGAAGGGUUUGAGUUUAUGUAUCGGUGAAAGUCCAGUUUUUUUUUUUUUUUGUAGCUACCUCCUUCUUCCCUAAACUGAUUCUCUUUUCCUUUAGAUGAGCACAAGGUGUGAGCGCUAUUAUUUUUUCCUUUCUGAACAGAGCCAUUGUAACAGCACUGAACCAAUGUGACUGGUUAAAUAUUUGAUUUUCAGGCCUCGGUGUGUGUCUGUGUGCGCGCGACUGUGUAUUCAUCCUGCAUCUCCAGUGAUCAUAAAGCAUGUGUUGUCUCCUAUAUAACCGAUAAUGAACCAUCACAGGUGACCUGAAGAUGUAAUGCAAUACUGUUAAGACGACUCCAUUAUAAAUGUUGACGGAUCAAUCUGUUCUAGGCUUGGUUUCUCAAAAGCACCUGUGGUUUAAAAUCGGUCUUUGCUGCAGCGAUAGAAACUGGCUCUAUUCUCGUGUGUUGUAUGUCCGAUUUUAAGAUUUGUGGAGGAGGGGGUAACGGUAAAGAAUUCCCAGUUAUAAAUGUUCUACUUUUGGUAUUUAAAAGUACUAAACUCGACUAAUCUGCUGAGGAAAUCCAGCCUAGAUUUUGGUGCUAAGCUACUUUUGGGAAGCCUUGCCUUGAUUCUUGUGGAAUCUGUUCUUUUUAAAAAUCAGUGUGAAACUUCUCGGAGCAUGUUGUCGCGUCGGUAAAAGACUUGAGUGGCGAGUCAGUGACAGCCACUGCUGCAAAGAUUAACAAAAUGUAAAUGUUUUAACAGCAAGUGUUUUAAUCAAGUGUUAUUUUACAAUUUUAGGGCUCAUUUUGUUUUAUGUCCUGGAUGUAGAGGAAGCAGACUGGAAAAAUGUAUUAAACAAUGUCGGCCAAAGCA